UAUCUUAAUGUUUGAACCUAACUGAGUGUAGGAGUGAGGUUCGGGAAAAUGGGUCGAGAAGAGUAAGCAAUGGGAAUCAGCCGUGGAUUCAAGAACAAAGGGAGGGAAGAAUGAAAUUGAGAGAGUUAUAUUUUAGAGAGAGAAGUUCGUUCUUUCUAGAGAUAGAGUCUGAAAAAUCCGAUCCCCUCACCCACCAGAGUAAAUGUCAUAUUUAUAGGCUACAUGGUGGUGGGUGAGUUACAUAGUGACAUGACUACUGACAUGUCAGAGGUCUAGACCACACCUCUACCUAGGACAAGUACAUUUAGUCCAUUAUUAUACCUAGGACUAUGAUGGUGAUCAUUCAUUGGGGAACGCGGUGUCGUUUCCAUGGUUUGUUGAUAUAGUCAACGCUAGACUCAAACGUCGUCGUUUGGUGUUCGGGGUGCGGCUUCGGUCGCGUCGAUGCUAACGCGCCCGACUUUUCUGGCAGUGGCGCUGGGGUGCUUCCUUGGUCGCGUCGGUGCUAACGCGCCCGACUCUUCUGACGGUGGUGACGGGGUGCUUCCUUGGCGCGGCGAGAUCCGAGUCAUAUACCCAACAAUUAAUUUGGCUAGUUUACAAAGGAAAUAACUGGUGGCAAAAAUGGGGGAAAAAAUAUACCCGACAUAUAUUUUAUAUCCUAGCUAGCUAACUAGCAACAACGAGUGAAGUCAGAAAAUCGGACAAGAGAUGUUUCUCUACAGAAAACAAGUAUGUAAUCUAAAAACAUAUAAAUUAGGGGUGGGGGAAUGUAAGUCUUACGAUCUGCUUAUACUAUUCAUUACAAAGAAAAUCCCACUGAUACAAGUUUCAUUUCAAUAAUAUCACAAAUACAUUAUCAAAAUUACAUCCGUUAUCUGUGAUCACAACUGAAAAGUAGUUUCUUUCAAUAUUAGCCUAUUCCGAAGUACUCUAUAUAUAAUGAAAUAAGAAACGAAAAACACACAACACGACGAAUUUACGUGGUUCUUUUCAUUCGAUAUGAAUGACCUUAAUUACUCUUUGGAGAAGUUAUGCCUAUCUCAGCUUUUCAUUAGGUUUUUUCCGCAUCCACUUUACACAAUACAUAUACAGAUAUACUCGCCAUGAACAAGAAACACAAAUUAGCUAGGGUUUGAGAGAAGUGAAUGACGGAAAUACCACUACAUAAUAAUACAAUUUGAUGGGUUGAAAACCAAACACAUUCCUUUAACACAAUUUGUGUAUAUAUACACUCCAAAGUAAUUAAUGUAGAAGGAAAUGAAGGAUUAAUAGAUCUAAACAUUCUUUCCAUUGUUAUCAUAAUUCCUUAUGCUUCUUAACAAGCAAGAACCAAAAAAACCUGUUAAUAACAAGUUUGAUGGGCAAUUAGUAUUUGCUUAACUGUCAUUACAGGAUACUCAUCUCGUUCACUCCGCUGCCCUUCGGACAAAUCCACGAUGGCCAACCUUCUUUCAUUUAACUUAAUUAAUCCCAAUUUAACCUCUUCAGUCUUCACUAAUCCCCAUCUUCCCUCCCCUCCUCAUUUCUCUCCCCCACCCUCAAUCCGACCGCCGGCGAGACUCCACGCCGGAGGAUAUCCAUGGCGGAGGGAAGUAGUAGGAGAGUCCCACCGGAGAUCGAGAACAACAACAACAACAAUACAACAAGAUCCAUCUCCUUCACCAGCGACGACGACGACGGAGCCAUCCCCAGCACCAACAAAGACCACCACCACCACCACGGCGGCGGCGGCAGCAUCGAAUCCUUCUCCACGCCGGACCUCCACGACACCGGGAUGAAGCUGGAGCGAGCCAGAGAGGCCUACGCCGGCUACUCCGACGUCGUGGACCGGCCUCCGAAGAUGGAGGUGUGGAUGUGGUAUCUCUACGAGCUCUGCUCCUACUUCAUCCACUCCUGCCUCCUCCCCAUCGUCUUCCCGCUCAUGAUCAGCCAGAUCCACCGCCUCCCCGCCGAGCCCGACCGCGGCUGGCUCACCAGCCCCCUCGGCCUCUCCUGCCGCCCCGAAGAAUCCCAACUAUAUGAAGCGCUGGUGAACAAGAACGUGGAAUUCGGGACCUCCAAAAUCUCCGCGCUAGAAUGGACCUCCUUCUCAUGGGGAAUGGGCUUGGGCCUGGCGGGCCCAAUACUCUGGACGAUAUCCACAAGCCUGGACUACGGAAACUUCCAGCCCAUCAUAGCCGGGACCGCCAUCGCCACCGGAUUCUUCUUCUGCCUCCCGACGGGGUUCUUCAACGUCACCUGGAUCUUCCCGCCGUUCAUCAUCGCCAUCGUGGCGGCGAGCACGAUCGCCGCCGCCACCCACACGCGCCACCACGCCAUGAUGGUGCGGGGCUUCACGGGCCCGAACCUCCACAGGUCCCGAUUCACCCUCCGCCGCUGGGUCUCCAGCUGGCUCUCCCUCUACGCCGCCGCCGGCGGCGCCCUGGGCUCCGCCGUCAUGACCGCCUUCACCUACUACAUGCUCCGGAAGGACGAGAAGGAGCUAAGCCUCUGGGUCGUCACUAUUUUCAGCGGCCUCAAGUGGGCCGCCGGAAUCUCCCACGUCUUCUUCAUCAAGCCCGGCUCCGGCGACAUCGUCGCCCGGCCGUCUCCGGCGACCCACUCCCUCUCGAUUUUCAACUACCCGCACGCCUCCGGAACCCUAAUUUUGGCAUUCCUCUCGUCGUUCACCACGAUGUGCAUCUUCGCUAGCGGAUAUUUGUACUUCGCCGGAUUCCUCUGUAUCCGGCCGCCGCUGAUCCUCUGUUCCUGGCUGAUCUACUUCAUCUUCCCCCUAAUUUCCCUCCCGGCGAUUCAAUUGGUCCAGUAUCUGAUCCGCGCCGACGCCGUGAAGAUGCACAUGUUAGGGUUCAUCAUGGCGCUGAUCACAUCCGGGUUCGGGUUCUACUUCCGGGCCCGGAUCUGGGGCACCGGAGUCGUCCUGGCGUUCGCGGCGGUGCAGGGGACGUCGGCGGGGCUGAUGCACGCGUUCCAGCGCGUGCUGCUGUCGGACUGCUCGCCGCCGGGGAAGGAAGGGGUUUUCGCGGCGUGGUUCGAGUGGUGGAGGGCGGCGGGGGCGUUCGCCGGGUUCACGGUGGCUGCCGCCCUCCCGGGGGAGAUCAGCACCAGCUUGGCCGUGACGUUUCUGACGUCGGUGGCGGGGAUCGUGGUGCUGGUGUACGGACAUAUUAGUGAUACGGGUGGGGCUGCCGCGGCGGGACACGUGGCAGGGUCGGGUCGGGUUCGUGGUGACGUGGAGGAGCAGAAUGACCCGGACGGUGGGAUAUCGUCGCCGCCGCGGCCGCCGAGGCUGGCGUUGGAGAACAAUGGUAAUGGUAAUAAUAAUCAUCAUAACAGCGGCCGUAGUUUAGCGUUGAUGAAGGAGGAUGAGGAUCAGGAUCACGAACUGAGUUUUCAGCACGAUCACCAUGAUGAUGAUAUUAGCUUAGCUUAAGCUAAUUAGCUAAUUAGUUGAUAAUUAGCCUAGCCUCAUAAAUUCAGAUGAUGAUGAUGAUCAUAGGCUAUGAUCAAUUGUUGAUUACGAAUUAGUCUUGAUGAUCGAUCUCUCAGCAGCAUGCAGGUUUGUUUAUUUGUGUAAUUUUUCAUUCCCAAUUUUUUUUCUUCAACAACUUGGUUCUCAUUUGGCCUUGUCCGAUCCAAGGAAUUGUAGCCAAAUAAUUUAAGGACUUUGCGUGUAAUUCAUUGAUGUUAAUUUCAAGGCUAACACAAGGUUCUUUGUGUGUAUUACUACUUGAGAUUAGUUAAUUAGCUUAGUAUUUGUUGUUAACCAAAUUAAGUUCUUGUGUUUCAUAUAUUCUUUGUAUUGUCCUUCCAAUUUUUGGAGUUAACGUGGUGUCAAAAGGGUUAGUAAUAUAUUCAAAGUGAGUUUUUUGAGGGCACGGCUUACAUAAUAAUAAUAAUAAUAAUAAUAAUAAUAAUAAUAAUAAUAAAUAAUAAUAAUAAUAUUAUUAUUAUUAUUAUAACCAAGAGAUCAAACAAAGAUCUAUAAAAUUAGUGGGCAGAUACAGUCUGCUGCCCAUACAUCAUCAGCAUAGUAAGUGACCAAUGUGGUAGUACUAUUAAUUAAUUACAUCUAUUGUAGUUUAAGGUAGGUAAUAAUAAUUUAAAAUGACGAUAUAAUUUUAGGAUUUUGUUCCGAUGACUAAGAAAUCAUCAUGAUUUGAAGAAAAUGGUUUAUCGCUUCUAUGGAGUGAUUGACCACUACGAACAACUGGUCAACCCGAUUAACCACGACUAGUGAAAUCAACAUAUUUAAUUAGAGACAUCCAAUAUUAAUAGAUAUGCUUGUUGGUAAGAGAAUUGAAGAUAGUAUAAAGGUUGAAGUAUGGA